AUGAAAGUGGAAGUAUGGGCGAGUGCUGUUCUGAGCCUGUCUCCUGAUAGCAGUGAGCUGGUUAGGCAGAGAGUGCUUGAGUCCCUGCAGGAACUGGGGCAGACCAAACGCAAAAGGGUUCUCCAGUUCCUUCACAAGUUUCUUACGGAGCACCAGAAUUUACCUUUGUUACAGCGCAUAACAAUAUUAAAGAGCAUUACACUAAUUGUGAAGGGCAACGUUGGGCAUUUAAGCCGCCCGCUAUUCAAGAAACUAAUUGUAAUAGCUUUGGUGGAAAUAUCCAAAAUAAGCAUAAAUGAUGCUCACAGAGAAACAGCAAGUAAACUUUUGCUAGCUCUGGGCUCCAGUUUCCCAAAUGAAGUCUUCAUGGAACUGCAAGCAAUGAUUCAACAACAGACCCCGCCUCAUUUCUAUGCCAUCUUAACAUUGGCAAACCUGUGCUUUGAAAAUGUGCAUGCUGUGGUCCCUUUGUUGAAACCAGUAUUGGAAAGUAUCCUCUAUUUACUGCAUGUGGAAAAAUGUCGAAAAACACAAUGGGUCAUCUGCUAUGCCUUGGGCUAUAUGAGCAGGAGCAUUCUCAUUUACACUUCAGAGCCUAAUCUCCCAACGAGGAAGAUGUAUGUGAGUGAGCUUUCCAGUGCUUAUGAUAUUCUUUUCCAUUCCUGGUUGAACUCCAGCGACCCUAAGAUAAGCAUAGAGGUAGUGAAAGCAAUAGGCCAGAUUGUUUACCUGCUUCCCAGUGACAAAAUAGAGAAUGAGCUGCCCAAUUUAAUUCCAGCCGUCCUGUCCUUGUACCAGAAGUCGUCCAAUGAUAUUGCCCUCACUAAGGUGCUCUGUGGUAUUCUGCAUACUGCCCUAGAAAGGAACAACAAAAUGCUGCUGCCCCAGCUCGAGACCCUCUGCAUCACCUUACACCAGCAAAUCUGCAUUACAAUGGAUCAAAUCCCCAACUCCUUGUCAGAAAGCCUUCAAGACAAGAUCCUUUGUUGCUUUCAGAUUCUAACUUCAGCUUUUGCAGAAGAGAUAAUAAGAUUCCUUUUGCCACAGUUGGAAAUUCCCAAUGAGCAAACUCAGCUGGGAACUUUGGCUGUGUUGAAGCACCUGAUCAAUUCUGUUCCUUCAUACUUGGAUGGGCACAAGAGUCAGAUUAUGAACAGCAUGACACUGUCUGUUUUAAGAAACAACAACCAGGUGAAGGGUUUUCUCAGCAAGCUAAUAUAUACAAUGGCCAGCCACAAUUACCUGGAACUGGAAGGGGGAGUGGAGGUGAUCCGAUUUAUAAUUGAACAAUGUGCACUACCCACAAAGGAAGGCAUGCGAUGUCAUAAGCCCAGGCAAAGCAAAAAGGGGCACACCAGUACAGUGACAGACAGAGAAUUAAAGAAGCUCUAUGAAAGAUUACUGGGAAAAUUAACCACAACAUUAACGAUUGACAAUGUUCUCUGGCCACUGCUAUUGGAGUUUGUUAUCCCAGCAAAGUACACUAACGCUUUGGCUGAUGUUUGUAGUUCCUUGACGUAUCUUGGGAGCAAAAAACAGCAAGCUGAGGAAACUGAGUUUGUUUUAAAUUAUGAAGAACACACCAAUCUUCCAAACCGCCAGGCUUUACUGAUUCGGUUGUUGGCCGUGUCAUCUUCCCCCUAUGAGGGUGGACAUCGAGGUGCUCCUGCUCUGUCCUUACUAUGGGUCCUGGGCAUUAAUAUCCACCCGGCGGCUGUGAGAGUGUGGGACAAUGAACUUCCAAAUUUGGUUCAUUAUUUGCAGGAAAUUUCAGAGGAAGAUCUGCUUCAAUAUCAGUGGGAACAGAAACUACUUCAGGUUUUGUCCCAGACCCUGGAGGAGAUAGAAGAUGAAGUCUGGAUUAUCCAGCUGAGUGAAGUGGUGACAGAGCAGAUUCACAGAUGCCGAUGUUCUCCGCAGCAGAAGGGGUUUCUGUUCAAGUGCCUUGGGAUAGUGCUGCAGCUGACACAGAGCCAUGAAGUGGUAAGGAAAAAACUGCAAGUGAUGUUGCAAAUCAUUGAACACGACAAAGAUUUAGAAAGAGAAGGUGCAGCUACUGGAAUUGGCUACUGUGCCCAAACUCACUUAGGUAUAACCCUUGCUAUAUUGAAAAAUUGUUCAAAACUGAAUAUUUUUAAGAAAACUGCAAGUUUCUACCAGAUCAUGAAGGACCAAGGCAGUCUUGAAAUAAUGAAUGUGAAAAGCACACUUAUUUUGUGCUACGGAUAUUUAAUCCGACAUUGUUCCAAGGAGAUUAUUUUGCCCAGAAUAGAGACAGAUAUUCUACAGAAUGUAUUGAACCACUUCAACAUAAAACUUUUGGGAAUGAAAAUUCAUGUAAAGGACUCAACAAUGAAGUUAAGUCUGAUAAAGGUUAUCACACUUAUAGCCAGAGCAUUCCAGCACAUAGAAGGGGAGCCUGCCUACAAGAUGACCAGAAAGUUGGAGCUACUGGCCUACAUGCAAGAGUUCAUCAAGGCUGAGCCCACUGACUCAAUGACAACUUAUGUUCGAAAGACUGCUAUGGAUGCAUGCACCUGCCUUUUAAUGGUAGAACCUUUUUCUGUAUUAAUUAAUCAUGGUGACUUGAUUAAGUUAUGUCUGAAAAGUAUUUUCAGCUUGCCACCUUUGGAGGGUAGUGAAAGCAGAGAUAAGAUUAAGAGGCAGGAGAUUUACAAAGAAGCACUAUUGUCUCUGGAAGAUCUCCUGAAGCAACUUCUACACUUAGAUUUGUCACCCAAUGGCCUUCAAUAUCUCUUUAAAUUCCUGAUAGUUUGGAUAGGAUCCAGGAAGCACUAUGAACGAGAAAAUUCCUUGAUGAUCACUUUGCAUCUUCUGACAUAUUACCUGGAUAGAGGUGUCAUUAAUGAUAAAGUUCCAUCCCAGAAUUUUGGGGCAGUUAUUGGAUCUAUAGUGGUUCGCUGCUCGGAUCCAUCAGUAACUGUAAGGGAGUUGGCCGUUGACUGUUUAUAUAUACUGCUUCGUUUGCAGCUACGGUUUGCAGGGUUUUAUAUGGACCACAAAUAUAAUGAAGUGGAACAACUGAAGACCAUUAAGGAUGGACUGAAGGACACCAAUUUUGAGACACUCUAUCAGCUAUAUAUAGAUCUUGGAACAGUCCUGUCCAACUGUGUGCCCCAUGACCAAGUAAAUACACUACUGCUCACUAUCUCUGAAGGACUUACUGACGAGCAAUUGAACAGUUCCUUCGUGGCUUCUAUUGUCAUAAAUGUCCUCAUUAGGAAAUGUGGAACCAUCCUUACUGACAUUCCAGGAAUAAUCAAAGUUCUGCACCGUCAACUGCAGUUGAUUACACAGCCACAAAUAGCACACUUUGUGACAUAUUCUAUUUCCAUUCUAGCUUCACAAAAUGUGCCGAUGGUCUUGCCCCAUCUCCUCAAGUACCAAAUUCCGUUUCAGACGCAUAUGGUUGAUAUAUGGAGAUCCUUACUGAGUGAUAAUGCACUAGCUGUGACAUCCAUCAAAUACCUUCUCAAUAACUUAAAGCUAAUGUAUGAUGACAACAGUGAAUCUCUGCUUCAGGAAAUGGUGUUAACCAUGCAUCAGCCAUUAGCUGUUCUUCAUGCCCUUCACGCAAUGAUAUGCUGUCCCGGGUCCAAGAAGGUAAUAAACAUUCUGUUUCCCCAGCUCUUCUGUGUUAUUCUGCUUUACUUCAGUUCCAGCGUCCAGUUCUGCUCCAGGAAUUUUCUGAGAAUCCCAAAACAAAAGAAAUCCUUCACCUCGUCGGAUGAAUCUGCAGAUACCGAUAUUUGCAAUUAUGCUGUUGAAAUACUUCAAACUAUCCUGACAAGCAUAAAGUGCGACAACGCCUACAUUACAGCAGAGAACGGUUGGGACCUGAUGAAGAGCCCGGGCAGGCACCACGAGGGGAUUAUGCUGCUGGCCAGUGCCAUGUCGGUGUGUGCUGCCCCUCACCUCAUCGCUAUUGUGGAGCAGCUCAUUCCUUUCCUUGCUAAUAUUCAGGAGCGCCAGAGAAUUGCUGCAGUUGCGUUUUUUGCUGAGCUUUUAAAUCAUGAAGUGGUAUUGAACUUGUCACUUGCAGACACCCUUGUGGGAUGCCUACUCCGGUGUUUGAUUGACACUUCUCCCACUAUUCAGGGACUGGCGAUAAGGGGCUUGGGAAAUACUGCAACUGGAGCAGCUCAGAACCUAGCAAAGUACUCCAGCAGGUUGUUAUCUGUAUUCACUGCAGCCAUACACAAGUACUGGAAAUCCAAUCAUCUCAUGGCGAUUGAGGCCAUGUCAAGCAUUUUCAAGGUCCUAGAUUCGCGGCAAGAGCAUUUCGAAGAUUCCGUUCUGAUUGAUGUAGCUCUUACAAUUGAGCCUUUAUUGGAAAAUGAGCAUGAAAAAAUGAGAGCCUCUGCAUUUAAAGUUCUUGGGAAACUAGUGCAAUUUGGAAGCGGCGAGAGGAACCCUGUGUUAGCAGAACACCUCCAUCCAACCCUGAUCAGCUCGUUGCUGCACCUCAGUGAUGAGAGCCCUGAGGUGGUCGGUGCCUGCAAGUCAGUGCUGAAGCUGAUGGGUCCAAUCACCGGGUCAGACACCCUGAGUAAAAUCUUUCAAGAGCUCUCACCAGAAGCCGCCGCGCUGGACUAUGAGGGAUACUUGAGCAAAGUCAGCAGGCGCAUCAGUGGAGAUCUGCCCGACAGGAUAGUUUGCUACGUACUGAGUUGUACUGCCUUCUUCACCAAUCCCCAGCCGGAGAUCAGAGAAAACGCUGUCACGUUGAUAGGGUUUCUCAUGCACCACGCAGCAGCGGGGUUUGCUCUGCAAUUCUCCGCCGAUUCCGCUUGCAAAAAGGUAUGUGCCCUGCUGUCUGACCCAGUGAGAGGCGUCCGAAUCAAAGCCGCUGUGGCAAUACGGCAGCUCUACAUGUACUGA